CCCUCAAUACCCUCAAAGAUACUCUGUUGCAGCAUGAACAACUUUGGCAACCUUGCCGCAUUCAGCCACGCUGAGUAUGCGUCCAACCCUCUCUACCAGCGCUACGUCGAUGCGGCGUUUCUGCAAGCCCGUGCGAGGGGCGCGGCCGCUGCGUUCGACGCAUGGGUUCCACUUGGGACGGUGCGCCAGCAGCAUCACCACCCUUGUCACCACCCAUGUCACCAUCCAUGUCCAUUCGACGCAGACCUGUGGCUGUCCCCGUCCCAGGGCCAGCAGGAGAUAGGGCCUCGCCGGCGCCGGUGGCCGAGCGCUCUCGUCCUGCGUUUCCAGACACGGAUAUGCCAACGCAGGAUGCAAUCCAUGGCGCCCUGCGGUGCGAAUGCAGCACCAUCGAUGCUUUCGAGCAGGUGCUGCUGAACAUGCAUCGUGACACCGGCGCUGUAAUCCUCAACGAGCCGCCGCGUUUCUCCAAGUGCGCAACCUGGCUUGACCACGGCCGCCCGGUGCCCCAGCCGGAGAUGCUCUUCACCGACCGUUUCGGCAUCACGAUGAACGGCCUGUCGCAGACGCACCAAUGCGAGGCAGUAGGGGAGCACCUCAUCUACGAAGGCCACCACGCCGAGAUGGGUGGGUACAACGCGCGCUUGGCCUCGCACGGCAUCACUUACCAAGACUACCGCAACUUCGUUGCCGGGUUUCUCGCCAUCGUACAGGCCGGUGACUUGUGGAAUUGGUUUAGACAGCAGGACAUGAAAACAUACUGUCACGACGUCACAAGCAACCUGCGCGCGCGCGGCGUGCCGGUGGUCAUCAAGUACAAGUAUCGGAACCGUGGACACAAGGACGGCGAUGACUUUUCGAUUCGCCAUCACCCUUUGCAGCUGCCUUUGCGCGGCGUGCGCCCUUCUUAAC